UUAGAUUGUCAAUCAAAAUUUGGAUUACUUUCGAAAAUCGUUUCUACAAAUUAAGAAAAUUAAUGGUUGAAAAGAGGAAUGAUAUAUGUCCGGAAAGGGGGAGAUCAUCCAGAUUCACAUUGGCCAGGCCGGUGUGCAGAUAGCCAAUGCCUGUUGGGAGCUAUUCUGCCUGGAGCAUAAUAUUCUGGCCAAUGGAAGACUUACGCAAGGAUCAUUAGACGAAGCAUUUCUCACAUUCUUCGAGUUCACGAGCAGUAAACCAUGUGUGCAGCCCCGACUAGUUAUGAUCGACGCGGAACCCAAUGUUAUAGAUGAAAUCCGUGUUGGCGCCUAUCGCAAUCUCUUCCAUCCGGAUACUUUAAUCUCGGGCAAGGAUGACAGUGGCAGCAACUUUGCCCGGGGUUACAACCUAAUGGCCAGCGAGUUACUCGAUCGCUCCAUGAAUGCCAUUCGUCGCGUGGCUGAUCGCUGCAGGAAUCUCAGGGGUUUCCUUGUCUUCCGGGCAAUUGGAGGGGGAACUGGCUCUGGUUUGGGCACCCGCAUAAUGGAGAGACUCGUCGAAGACUUUGGCAAGAAGACCGUUGUAGAGUUUCUGGUUUAUCCAUCGCCUUCGAUAUCUCCUGUUAUUGUGGAACCUUAUAAUGCCCUGCUUGCUGCUCAUUUCUCCAUGGACUGCACCGAUGUCUCGUUCAUUGUGGACAACGAAGCGCUGUACGACAUCUGUGCAAAUACCCUAAAUGUUCCUGCUCCCACAUACACGAAUCUGAAUCGAAUCACUGCACAGGUGGUGUCCGGUUUCACGGCAUCUCAACGAUUUGGCGGCGGAUCGACCGUGAGUUUUCAGGAGCUGCAAACGAACUUAGUGCCAUAUCCGCGAAUCCACUACCCACUGAUAAACUACGCACCACUGGUUCCCAUUUCGCACUCCCAAUUCGUGGACAUGUCGACGGCCCAGCUUACGGGUCAGUGUUUUCAGAUGAGCAACCAGAUGGUGAGGUGCAAUCCAUCGCACGGCAAGUACAUGGCCAGUGUGCUUCUGUACCGCGGCGAUAUUGCACCCAACGAGAUCAACACGGCGCUGGAGAACAUCAAGCGGAACAGGUCUUUCAGAUUCGUGGACUGGUCGCCCUCGGGCUUCAAGAUCGGCGUGAGCCCCAUGCCGCCGUGUUAUGUUCCCGGCGGUGAUCUGGCGCCCACCAAUCGCGCCUGCGUGGCCAUCUCGAACAACACGAACAUCCGGAUCGCCUGGUGCCGCCUGGUCAACAAGUUCGACAAGCUCUACCAACGGCGGGCCUUCGUCUAUCACUACGUGGGCGAAGGACUCGAGGAGGGCAACUUCAACGAGGCCUCCGAGAAUAUAUGCCAGCUGGUGCACGAUUACCUCGAGGUGGAUGCGUCCGCUCCUGUAUCGCGUAGGGACUCCGAUCCGGGUGAAGACUGAAGCUCCUUAGGAAGGUGGUUCUUUCAACAUUCAUACUACCAUUUUCUCCUUUUUAUCGUAACAAAAAGAACAUAAUAAAUUCGCUGUUUUAAAUUCAAAAA